AUGUAUCGAAUAAACCUGACCACGUUCACAUUACUUUUAGCACUCACUGUAGGCAGUUUGAUGUCGGAGUCGUUGCACCCAUCUGACGGUGCUAUCAAAGAUUUGUAUGAUUAUCUUCUGCAACGGGAAUAUGCUGCCCCCGUAUCAUAUGCUGAUCACCAAAUCAAGCGAAAGGCAGUUCGAUCACCAUCGCUGAGGCUACGGUUUGGAAGGCGAAGUGACCCUAGCGUGCCAUUGCGCCCGGAGGACGAUGAGCUGAUCGACCAAAAAGCUAUACGAGCGCCCCAGCUUCGUUUGAGGUUUGGAAGAAAUGACCCGCUCUGGACUUCGUUCAACGAAAACGCUCUGCUGGAGGAAAACUUUGAAAAGCGAGCACCAUCGCAAAGACUGCGGUGGGGCCGAUCGAACCUAUUCGGCAAUCUGGUCAACCAGUUCCAGCAGGACGAUGUCAUGCAGCAGAAAGCAAUACGGGCACCGCAGCUAAGACUACGCUUUGGAAGAACCGAUCCAUCCUGGGCCAUGUACAAUGAACAUCAGCUAGCACCCGGUCAGCAGACGCAGUUGGUCAAUGAUGCAAGUGAAAAACGGGCACCGACUCAGAGGCUCCGAUGGGGCCGUUCCGAUCCUGCAUUAUCGAAAGAUUCCUCCGAGGACAAAGGGCUAGAAGCGGAGGAAAGGGAAGGCAACAACGCUGAUGACAAGUAAACAACAUGCACGGUAACUAAACUACCUGUAUCCCAUCCUGUCGUUGUCGUAGACGUCGUUUGCACAUUCUUGUACCCGGAAAACUCCUAAUAACGAAACACAAGACAAACCAGCUUCUAUAUGAAGGAAGAAACGCCGUACCACGUGGAAACUUUCCCUACUCUGUUAUACGUUGGCUAUGGCUAUGCAGUUGGAAGCGGCUAAUUCUAGAGAUCGCCAUAAACAUAAUACCCGUGUUGUCCGCAAU